AUGUCUCACCCAACGUUGAUGAGAAGCGAGAGAAUCGAUAUUGUUGUGUCUAUUGCAGAAAUUCUCUUGAGCGGCAUUUUCGGACUAUUCACAGCUUUAUUUCAAGGCUCCGCAGGGGCGCCUGGCUACUCGACACGCGUUAUUCAUCAUCUUUUACGAAAGACAGCCCGCUUGUCAGUGGCACAGUUCCAAUAUCUGGAUCGAAACACCAGCACCGAUCUAGUCUAUUCUCAAUUCGCCCAAAGAACGGGAAUUUCCGAGAAUAGCAUUUUGCUGUCCGAUGGAACACGUUGCCAUUGGAUUGGUUCCCAAGAAUGCAAAAGGGUCUUGCUUUACUUCCCCGGAAGCUUUGUUCUCCCUUCUAGCAGAUUUCAUCUGCAAUUCGCAGCCAAUUGUGCAAAAACACUUGAGCGCGAGGGACGUGAGGCAGCGGUUCUAGUAGUAUCCACAGAUCUCGCACCAGGCUCUCAGUAUCCGCGCCAAUUGAGCCAAGGAGCGACAGCCCUAAAGUACUUGCUUGAAAAGACAGGACGGAACCCAUCAGAUAUUACACUAGUCGGAGAUUCGGCAGCAGGGAAUCUGGCUCUUGCCCUCCUGUCACAUAUCAAGCAUCCGGCCCCAGAUGUUCCGCUUCUUGAACUGAGAGAAGACCUCCAAGGCGUUAUUCUCGCAUCACCGAUCACAGACUUUGAUGCCACGACACCGUCGGCAGUAGAAAACGCGAAGAAAGACUGGCUCGACCAGGGUGCUAUAAAAACCUGGGGUGACAACUAUGCGGGGCACAGCGUUCGAGAUAUAUAUAUUAACCCAGGCUUGGCAUCAGAAGAGUGGUGGAAAGAUAUAAGGGUAAAGAAGGCAAUCGUUCUCUUUGGGGAGUACGAACUCGCAAGAGACAGCAUCGAGACAUGGGUUACAAAGUUCAAGAAACACAAUCCGGAGACAACAGUGAUACUUGGGAAGGGUGAAUUCCACGCACAACCGGUCAUGGACCUUAUGCGGGGCUCGAAAGUACCGAGCAGGCAAGCGGAGGCGUUGAAACUGUGGUUGACACAAUCUUUGUGGUUAUAAG